GUAAUUUAUUUUGGUAGAGAAUAGACCCGCGCAAAAUUUUAUGACCUAAAACUAUCCAUCCCUACCUCUUCUGAAAAUCCGAUUACUAUGAAACUCGCAGCUGCAAGAAAAUCCCUCCUUCAUCUCCCUGCCCUGCCGAAAACAGGGACUAUUGCCGGAGUGAGACACUUCUCCGGCGAGGUCGACGAUACGCAUAAACCUGUUCCGCCGCCGCCAACCUCCUGGGCCGUACCCGAAAUAGUCUCUCUUCUCAAAACUACCGAUCACAAUGACUGGAUUUCCAGCUCGCAGCUUGUUGAGUUUCUUCAUAGUCCGCCUUCCCCAACUUCACUUCUCAAAAUCACCCGCCAAUUGGGGUCCACUCAAAAAUCUUUACACUUUUUUGAAUUCUUCAAGAAUCAUAGCUCGAGUUCAUCAUCAAACCCUUCUUCUCUUUCCUUCACAUUUCAAGCUAUUCUUGAACAAGCAAUGCAUGAAGAAAAAUUUGACGUACCCGGUAAGCUUUUCCAACUGUUUUCCUUUGCCAAAGACCAAAAAAUCCCUUUAUCGAUCAAUGCUGUGACUCUUCUUAUACGAUGCUUUGGGCGAGCCAAAAUGCUCAAGGAAUCGAUAUCUGUGUACAAUGAGCUAGACUCAGAUUUAAGAAACACAAAUGUGGUUAAUUUGUUGUUGGAUAGUUUGUUUCGCGGAGGGAAUAUUGAUGAUGGGUUCAAGGUGCUCGACGAAAUGCUCAAAAGGGAUAGUGAUUUUCCUCCGAAUAAUAGUACGGUGCGUAUUGUUCUGGCUUCUAUGUGGAAGAUAAAUUGGAUCGGGACGAGGAUGACUGUGGAGGAUAUUUGUGGACUUCUUGUGAGAUUCUUCGAGCAUGGCGUGUUCUUGGAUGAUGUGUGGUUUACUAAAUUGAUUACCAAGUUUUGUCGCAGUGGGAAGUGUGAUAAGGCCUGGGACCUUUUGCAUGAUAUGAUGAGGCUGGGUGGUCAGGCAAAAGCUUCUUCAUUCAAUGCCCUUUUGAGCGGGUUAGGCCGGGAGCGUGAUUUUCAAAAGAUGAAUUUGCUUACGAAUGAGAUGAAGGAAAAGGAAGUUGAACCGGAUGUUGUGACAUUUGGGAUUCUCAUCAAUCAUUUAUGCAAAAGUUACAGGGUCGAUGAGGCACUGCAGGUGUUUGAGAAGAUGGGACGGAGUGAAACUGAUGCCAUUCUUAUUAAGCCAGACCUUGUACUCUACAAUACAUUGAUUGAUGGGCUUUGCAAGGUAGGGAAGCAAGAAGAAGGGUUUAAGUUGAUGGAGAAGAUGAGGUUGGAGAAUAGAUUACCUAAUACUGUUACCUAUAAUUGCUUGAUAGAUGGUUUCUGCAAAGCCGGUGGGAUUGAGAGGUCAUUAGAGCUUUUUGACCAGAUGAAAAAGGACAGGGUUGUGCCAAAUGUGAUUACUCUGAAUACUUUGCUCCACGGAAUGUGUAAGCUCGGGAGAGUUAACAGCGCUAUGAGACUUUUUGCUGAGAUGCAAGAGAAGGGUUUAAAGGGGAAUGCGAUCACUUACACCAUCCUCAUUACAUCUUUUUGUAGUGUCAACAAUAUUGACAGAGCAAUGAGUUUGUUCAAUGAAAUGUCAGAAAAUAGGUGUCUCCCUGAUGCCAAAUUAUAUUUCAGUUUGAUUUUCGGCCUUUGCCAGGCUCAAAGAAUGGAUGACGCCUCCUGUAUUGCUUCAAAGGCGAAAGAAGCUGGGUUUGGCUUGAAUAUUGUCUGCUACAAUGCUCUGAUUGGGGGACUUUGUAGGAAAAAUAAGAUUGAUGAAGUUCAUAAGACUCUUAAAAAUAUGGAAGAGGCAGGUAUCAAACCUGACAUGUACACCUACAACACUUUGAUAUCAUAUUUCAGCGAGAAGGGGCAAUUUACAACUGCCAAUAGAAUACUGAAGAGGAUGAUUGGUGAUGGUUAUUUGCCUAAUGUUUUUACAUAUGGAGCAUUAAUUCAUGCAUAUUGCUUAGCUGGAAAUCUUGAUGAAGCUAUGGAAAUAUUCCAGAAUAUGAGUUCUGCUAGUAAUGUGCCACCAAACACUGUCAUAUACAAUAUUUUGAUCGACACUCUCUGCAAGAGUGACAAAGUAGAAGCUGCUAUUUCUUUGUUGGGUGAAAUGAAGGACAAAGGGGUAAGACCAAAUACCAAAACAUACAAUGCCCUCUUUAAAGGUCUUCAGGAGAGGAACUGGGUGGAAAAGGCAUUUGAAAUAAUGGACCAAAUGACUGAAAAUGCAUGUAAUCCUGACUACAUUACCAUGGAAGUCCUAACUCCAUGGCUUUCUUCCAUUGGUGAAACAGAAAAGUUGCGAAGCUUUGUGGAAGGAUAUGAGGUUUCUACUUCAACUGCCUAAUACUAACUGGAACUGAAGAUACUUCCCUAAUUCUGCUGUGAUGUUCACUGGGCAUGUCGAGAUUCUUUUGCAGUCAGUUGAAUCCCAUUUGGAUAACUUUCUCGAUCUUUUAGCUAAGAUCAAGUAGAAUGUGUGAGGUCCCAUUUGGCCUUCAAGCUCUGUGCUGUCAUUUGGCAUGCCUGCUUUGAUGCAUAAGUUGUUGUGUAGGUACACAAAUUAUGUUCUAUGAAGACAUCUCCAUCCCUUGCACUUUAGAUGAACUGAUUAUCAUUUGGACACAGCAAAAUGAUGUUACAAAUUUGGUGGUCGUACUGAAGUUUUGUAUUUUCAAAUUUCAUCCAAGUUGUAGCUGGUGUAAUUGCUGCCUGAAGCACCUUAUGUUCUUGGAUAAUGAUUUUAUUGGUAUCUAAUUCAAGAUAAAGUUGAAAUAAAGUUUAUAUAUGCUUAUAUUGUGCCAA